GGCCAGUCGACCUACAGCCCCACCGCCAUGUCCCCCUCCAUCUGAUACCUAUUUCCCCCUUCUAUCUAGAUGCUAGCUCGCCAUGCCGAUACCCAGUAUCGCUUCAGUGCUCUACGGUGCGAUGUUUAAAGACGGAGACGGCGGCUAUGAGAUACCUAGUCUCCCUCAAAUAAGUCGCGGUACCUUCGCCGGGAUCGUCGUCGCCAUCUCCGGGAAUGUGGUCAUCUCGUUAGCGUUGAACUGCCAGAAGCUUGCUCACAAACGGCUGGAGGAGGAACGCGCCGCCCAUGGGGAUGAGUUGCAGAGCCGGGGAACGAGCGGCCAGAACACCCCGACGACAACUCUAGGAAGCUAUACACCAUCCCCUCAGCCUGGUACUCCUGCUAUCGCGGUUGUAGAGACAGAACCACUACUUGGACCACCAAAUCACACGCGACUCAUGCCACCGGCUUAUGGCAGCGAUCCUGCUCUCGAAACGCGGCAAAGGAGAAAGAAGCGAGCUUUCUUGUCCAGGCUAUUCGUCUUCCGUGAGGACGAUGAACAUCUAUUCCAGGAGACGGACUCUGCCCAUCUCGCGACAACCCAUGCGCUCCUGCCAGUCGACGUUGUCCCAGCCCAUGCAAAUGGUGACAGAUGUCCGUCAAGCAGGCGCACGACAUCUGGCGAGAGCAAGACUGAGAUCGCGGGGAACGAGUCCGACUAUCUGAAGUCGAAACUUUGGUGGUUCGGGUUCAUCCUCAUGAACAUCGGCGAGCUCGGAAACUUCAUCUCUUACGCUUUCGCCCCCGCCUCAGUUGUUGCCCCGUUAGGCACAUUUGCCCUUAUCGCCAACUGCUUCUUCGCUCCACUCAUGCUGAAGGAGAGAUUCCGCAAACGGGAUUUUAUGGGCAUCCUCAUCGCGGUAAUGGGCGCCGUCACUGUUGUGCUGUCUGCCAACCCGUCCGACGUCCGACUUGGGCCUGACGCUCUCGUCCACGCAAUCACACAACGUCCGUUCGUCAUUUAUGCAGCUAUCUAUAUCGCAGGCGCCGCAAUCCUCUCCAUAUUCUCUGAACGUGGAACCGGCAAACGGUAUGUGUACAUCGACGUUGGUUUGUGCGCACUGUUCGGUGGCUUUACGGUGCUCUCGACCAAAGCAUUCUCAACAUUGCUUACGCUAGAGGCAUUUGAAAUGUUCUCUCAGUGGAUCACAUACCCUGUGCUACUGGUGUUGAUUAGCACAGGAGUUGGCCAGAUUAGAUACCUUAACCGUGCUCUCAUGCGCUUUGACAGCAAGGUUGUCGUGCCUACACAAUUCGUCUUGUUCAACAUCUCCGCCAUCGUUGGGUCAGCCAUUCUCUACGGCGACUUUGCACGGGCCACCUUCCAUCAAAUCGUUACCUUCCUCUACGGCUGCGGUGCGACCUUCGCAGGGGUGUUCAUCAUCGCCUGGGCACCGUCAUCCCCAGAGGAGCCGGAGGAUGACGAGGACGAGGAGGGUACAAUCGGCGACGCGCCGCCGUCGGCUGAGACAGACGGGACUAUCACUGGGUUGAGCUCGACAUCCGGGAGCGUCGCGAGACGCACCCGGGUGAGGAUCCUUGGGCCGGAUGGCUCGCCGGCGACGCCUAUUCUAAGGAACAGGCAAAGUGUUGUCAGCAUGUAUGGGCUCUCGCCCGCACAGCGCGCUCUACUCCUUGGGUCGCCACCGCGAGAUGACGCAUCUCGGCCUCACUCGCGGGACCCCGAGCGCGAGGCUGCAUCUACUCCCGAGUCUCUGCGUCGGCGGCGGACAGUGAGCUGGCUCGGCGAGGAUGGUCCGCACGGUCUGCGGCGGACCCCCACAGCCCCCAUCGAUGUCACCAGGGAGAAUAGCCGUGUGCGCGCACAGAGCCAUAGUGCUGCGGCGAGCAGGAGCGUGAGCCAAAGUCCUUACUGAAAAGCAUGCUAUAGGGUUUUCUACAUUAUGCCCUGGACUGUAGUACGUGUGCUAUCUAUCUAAUAAGUAGUACUGAUUUAGCAGUGUGCCCGGGACAGAGGACUCGUUCAGCCUAUUAUUAGAGUGUGUACAGUAGAUUGCUGUUGUGAUGUGUAUAUACUAUAUGGAAUGGAUGCGCAAUUGAACUACUCUACGCUAGAA